AGACCGCAGGUGGUCAAUCUUUUCGAAUGCGGUUUUGACGGCAUGUUUUUAGUACGUCCCAGAUUUGAUGGUAGUGCUUAUCAACUGACUCGAGUGCCGGGGUUGAAAUCAUCAACUCGAGUCUUGAAUUACGCGGCAAAACAGUUUUACAGAAUACGGUGACGGGAAUUAAGUUGCCCUUGCAGCAUUUACAGGCAUCGAUAGGGCGCAAGUGCUUCUGGAUUGAAUCUCGCAAACUUUUUUUUCUGCAUCUGAAGAGCAUGACAAUGUCGCCGUCGAAGUACAAAGAUUAUCAAAUACUGGAGGAAGAGGGAAAGGAGGAUACAAUUCGUCGAACAAUCUCUCCGAGAUCGCGGCAUGCCUUCCUGCUAGCGUUCGCAUUCUCUGUUCUCUUGAAUGUGAUUUGCUUGAGCUAUAUCGCACUUCACUGGCACGGUGAAACCACAAAUUCUCUGUCGAGAUUUGCUCAACUUCCAAAACAAGAUGGAAUCCAUCUCACCAAAACUCCAUUCUCCAGCGCGAAUGAUACAGUUGCAGACGCCGAAUGGGAAGCGUUAGACACCACUCCAGGAACGAUCACUCUGCCAGAUGAAUUUGCGCAAAACCAUGGAAUUCGGACUGGAAUGAGGUUCCCUUGGGAUGAGAGUCAAGGACUAUAUGUGAUCAAAGGCUUUCAUAAUCUUCACUGCCUCAAAGCAAUCCGGAGGUCAUUCCGAGAGUACCAACAAGACAUCCCACAAAGUCAAAACGCAGGACACAUACUCCACUGUCUCGACAAUCUGAGGCAGAGCACAAUGUGCACUGCAUCCGAUGACCUAAUCCCAGUAGUGAGCAAUGAGGUCGAAGCUGGGUUGAAGAUGCAAUGCCGCAGCUGGGAGAAGUUAACAACUUGGGCAUUAGAUCCGGAGAGACAUGCUUGCUACGACUACAUCGACGAGUAUAGACACGCAAAGCAUGAGAUCGAGCGAUUUGGUUUCUGUCCUGAGAGCUCGAGGUACUACCCAAACAUGAAGGAGUACUUUGAUAGAGAGGGACAUCAAGAUCCGUGGACUUGAAUGUAUUUAUAUCAUGUAUUA